AUGGCAAGAUCGAACAUUCGAUACGAAGUGCUCUCAGCCGAUGAGCAGAAUGUCCCUGCUGAACCGGUGGCUAUGGCCAUGGUUAUUCCACCACCUGCAUAUUUAGAGAGUUCAGCUGUUGAUGAACAUGGAGACAAUCCCAUCUACAGUUCAGCCAAGCUGCCCAACUAUGUGGAAGCCACAUCCUUGCCUUCUUAUGAAGAAGCAGAGAGGUCAAAGGUGGAACAAGAGGCAGCAGCUGCUGCUAGUGCUGGUGUACAUGGACUGUUAGAGUGUGAGAGAGGCAGGCUUUCAGGGGCAGAUAGUUUGUCAGAAGUGGCCAUUGGUACAGAUGGAAUGUACAUAUGCACUUUCCUGAUAUCCUUCCUUUUCAACUGGCUUGGUUUCCUGCUGUCGCUGUGUCUCUCCAACACCGUGGCAGGCCGCUGUGGUGCCCUGUCAGGUCUGGGCCUGUCAAUUGUCAAAUGGGUCGUGAUUGCUAAGCACAAUAACUGGGGCAACAGUGUGGCAGAUGCGGACUCCUGGCUCUGGUGGCUGCUCGUCCUCUGUGGAUUCCUCAUGUUUGUGAGAGGGUCAGUCCAGUAUGUCAGAGUCAAAUAUGAAUGGGCUCGUUUCAGUGGUCACUUUCAUCAUUUUCGCCUGAUUUAG